AGCGCGCAGUAUCCGCAGAAACAGCAGAAAACUAGCAGAGGUUGCGUUGUGCGCAACCCUUUACAUUUUUUUUUUCUAAAAUAAAACUAUCAAAAUUUUCGUCUAUCGGGUUUGGUUAAGAUAUCUGACAAGCAAGUGUUCAAAAAUGAUCUUAUCUCCGAUAGGUUGUGUUUACUUUUCAUAGCAACACGGGUUUAAAAAUUAGUGUGCGGGAGGCAUUUCUCAGCAGCAACCCAGUAAUCCUUCGGACAUGUCGAAGAACCCAACAUCUUUGCGAAAGCGUCCCAAAGACCUAAAAGCUCCCCAGCCACUCUCGUCGGAUCGCAAAAAUGAUAAAUCGAAAGUCAUUCGGCCCAUGCAAACAGCCCACUUCAUAGCGGUCCUAGGUUUAAUGUUGCUGGUCUUCGCCGCGGUUAUCGUAAUAGAAAAGCAGCUUCCCACGGGACUAAAAAUAUCGGACGAGGCGAAAAACCCGGACCGCUUUAUAGCAGAACGUGCAUACAACAUUUUAAAAAAACUAACGAAAAUUGGCCCUCGAAUAGCCGGCAGCAACGCCAACGAGGUGACCGCCGUAGAGUUACUAAAGUCAGAAGUGCAAGAAAUCAUCAAGAAGACCAACCAGAAUCACGUCAUCGAGCUGGACAUACAGAAAGCGAGUGGCGAUUUUCAUUUAGAGUUCCUUGACGGGAUGACCAAUGUGUACAGAGAUGUGCAGAAUGUGGUUGUCAAAGUAGGAUCGAAGAUCAAGUCCCCUCAUAGCUUGCUGAUCAAUUGCCAUUUUGAUACAGUGGUUGAUAGCCCAGGUGGCAGCGAUGACGGCGCCGGGUGUGCCGUCAUGCUGGAGAUACUCCGAGUCCUGUCGAAAUCGCCGAAGAUUCUCCGUCACAACAUUAUUUUCCUCUUCAACGGAGGCGAAGAGAACUUUAUGCCGGCAAGUCACGGCUUCAUAACUCAGCACAAAUGGGCUAAAGAAGUCCGAACUUUCAUCAAUUUGGAAGCGUGCGGAGCCGGCGGUCGAGAAGUUCUCUUCCAGGCCGGACCCAAUCAUCCGUGGAUACUAGAAACGUACUCUGAAGAAGUGCCUUACCCCUACGCGUCGUCCCUGGCCCAAGAGAUUUUCCAGAGCGGAGUAAUUCCAGGAGAUACCGAUUAUAGAAUAUUCAGAGAUUUUGGAAACGUAUCGGGUCUCGACUUUGCAUGGUCUGCUAAUGGAUACGUUUACCAUACGAAGUUCGACACUAUCGAUCAUAUCCCUCUGGGUUCGUUGCAGAGAACGGGAGAUAAUAUUUUGGCGCUAGCUAAAGGCAUGGCUCAGGGACACCAGCUGUCCGAAGUUGACAAGUACAGGGCCGGAAAUUUAGUCUUCUUUGACUUUUUGGGUGCUUUCGUCGUACGGUGGCCGAUGAUUGUGGCCGACCUCAUUAAUCUGUCGACUGUGAUAUUUUCAUUGUUUUCCAUUCACGAGAACAUACAGAGCGCUAAAAAAAAUGAAGACUUAACUACAAGACAGUACUUUAGAAAAUUGUCUGGCUGUAUGUCCAUCAUCAUCGCUUCUUGGAUAGCUUCUAUCAUCGCCGCCAUCAUGAUCGCAGUGUGUUUAACCGGUCUGGGCAGAACUAUGAGUUGGUACGCACGUCCACUCUGGAUCUUCUUCCUUUACGUCAUUCCUACACUUGUAGUCUCUAUGGCAGUAAUUCUUCUACACUCCAAGUACUACCAAAAUGAUCUCGAACUAUCUCCAUGGACGAUGUUCCAAUUCUACUACGACGCAUAUCAGCUAAUUUGGACCAUAUUCCUUCUCUUCGGUGUACUAGUCAGGGUGCGUUCCAGCUUCAUAGCCCUAAUCUGGGUGUUCUUCGCAUCGUUAGGUAACUUCCUUAAAUCAAGACUGUUCGGAAAAUGGAGAGAUUCAAAGUGGUUGUUGCUACAUAUCGGAGUGGCCGGCUUACCGUUUGUUCAGUGCUUCUAUCUGAUCAUAGGUGCUUUGUAUCUCUUCAUCCCGAUAAUGGGACGAGCUGGAGCAGGAAGCCACGCCGAAUUCUUGAUUGCCAUAAUGGUCAGCACUUUGUUCACUCUUCUAUUCAGUUUUGCCGUGCCGUUGAUCCUGCUUGUAAAAGGGGUCGAGAGGAUAUUCAGCUUGCUGACGGGAUUGUUCCUUUUGUCGGUUGCCCUUUUAAUACUCACCCCGUUGGGAUUUCCAUAUUCCGGAGAACCGUCUUCUUUGGCGCCACAACGAUUUAUGAUAGCUCAUUCCAAGAGGACUUUUCAUGACGUCUCGGGCGCUAUAGCCAACGAGAAAACCGGUUACUGGAUAGUCGAUAUGGACAUUAACAGUCCACAUACAGUCGACAGACACGUACCUGAGAUGGCGGCGGCAGAACUCGUAGACGAAGACUGCAAGAAUUAUUUAUAUUGCGGCUUGCCGUAUUUAGUUCCUGUUUUGACGAUGUUGUGGAAGACGCACUGGUUACCAGGACCGGCUCCUGAGUUGCGAGUUCCAGUUACCAUGAACGUAUUGAGUAGAGAACCCAUCAAGGACGGAUUGAGAAUUACCGUGGAGAUUGACGGACCUACGCAUAUAGACGUUAUGAUAUCGCCGGUUUUGGGAGUGACGCUGACUGAGUGGAAUUUGAACAGCAAAACACCAUUGGCUGGGCCUAGGUGGAAUGGGAGGGAUACCUAUUUCAUUUACUAUGCGUAUGGUUUGAAACGUGUGCCUUUGAGGUUUUACAUGGAUUUUAAGGUUCCUGUGACGCAUUCUGGGCCCAUAAUGGAUUUUGCUGUAAGUUCCCAGUUUCUCUUCGAACCUGGAAAGAGUACAAAACAGUUCAGAGAUUUCGUCUCCAAAUUUCCAUCGUGGACAGCGGUCUCAUAUUGGACAGCGACAUACGAAUCGUGGAUAAUUUAAUCGACUUGGUUUCGUAGAUUCAAUUCGUUACAUGACUUAUUAUAUAAAAAAGACUAGAAGUUUGUGUUCAAAUCCGUAUAACGUUGAGCGUCCGGUGUAUUCCUUCAGCGGGGAUAGCGAAUGUUAUGAUAUUUCCGACAGUAUUUUAAUUAUUUACGAGUGAUUCGCUCUUCCUGUUGGAGGAUAAGGCGUUCCAGCCAAAGAUUCAACUCAUCUUUCAACAUAUCUAGGGGCAUACGUAAAGUUGUUUUCGGGCGAUUUUCAAAACGUUAUAUUUUGCCUUGUGCCAAAAACAACGACAUAUUCGUAGAGUAUUAGGGUUUUUAGAAUGGUCUACAGUGACGUUUGCUCAGUUUUUAGGGUAUUUAAAUGUGGUAGAAUUAAAAUUAGUCAAUUAGCGAAAUUGUCGAAAUUUCCGCAUUCUUCUCAAUCCAUUAUGGCCAGUCUAUAUCGUAAAGCAGAAAGUACAAUAAAAUUUUUGCAAUACAGUAAAUUAGUAAUGCAACAAGCUUUGUACAUAUCAUGACGACAUAUUUAUUGAGGGUCGCAUAGACUAUGAGCUUUAUUCUUAUAAUUUAGGCUUUAUCGCGAAUGUAAAUAAAUCACUUGAUAAAUAAGACACAGUUAUCCUUUUUGUCGGUAGACUCGUGAAUAUUGCGCGAGCCGAAAAGAAGGAUGAAUAAAACAAGUAUUCCCGAAGGUUUCGAUUCGUUUAAGUCAGUUUUCACACAACGGCCAUUUUAUGAACGUUGUUCGACAUUACCGGCGAUUACCCAACUCAAACAGUUUGUUUCAAGUUUACCUAACAACUUUUUGGUUUUGUGCUAAUUGAGUUAGCAUUUUCUGACCACAUUUUCUAAUUUCCAGCAAGGUUCGUGUCUCUUACAGUAUGGCUGUUUUUAAUAUUUCCUUUUAUUGAUUAUUAUUGUAUACAACAGGUUGUUUGUUAUCGAUAUAAUUUUAAUAUACCUAUGUAUUUAAUGUGAUAUCCUACCGACACCAAAUUUUUAUAUUUACUGUGUGCAUUUUGGUGAUAUGUUUGCGCACUCAUGUUUUGCAUUGUUAUGAAAUAUAUUAUAUAUUGUUAUCAAAAUAAACAUCUUAAGGAUUUGUA